UCCCCCAGUGACCUUGACAAGUCAGAAGCUUGAAAGCAGGGAAAUCCGGAUGUCUCAGUUAUGAAGUGGAGCAGCGGGGGCCCCAACAUAUUUCCAGAAGUCUCCAUCCAGACUGGUGAUUGUAUGCUUGUGUGGCUGCCAGCUGCUGUCUGAAGUGCUUCUCUGGCUCUGAAGGGGUUGGCACAAUGACCAAGUGCUUCAGCCCGGUGCUGCUUCUUGCCUCCAUCUGGACCACAAGGCUCUUGGUCCAAGGCUCUCUCCAGGUACAAGAGCUUUCCAUAAUGCCAUGCAGAAUUAUGGGGGUCACCCUCGUGGAAAAAAAGACAGGCCUGCAGCUGAACUUCACAGAAGCCCAGGAGGCCUGUAGGCUGAUGGGACUAACUUUAGCCAGCAAAGACCAAGUUGAAGCAGCAUGGAAGUCUAGCUUUGAGACUUGCAGCUACGGAUGGGUUUCAGACCAGUUCUUGGUCAUCUCUCGGAUUCUCCCAAACCCCAAGUGUGGAAAGAAUGGAGUGGGUGUCCUGAUUUGGAGAAGGUUUCUCAAGGAAAAUUCUAGGGCUUAUUGUCACAACUCAUCUGAUAUUUGGAUUAACUCAUGCUCUCCAGAAAUUAUCACCACCGAAGAUCCCAUAUUUGACACCCAAAGUGCAACAUACACCACAGAAAUGGAUGGCAGUGACAACAGACACCCAACUUUAUCUGCUGGUGUCCCUUAUUCCACUAAACCUCCUCCAGUGCUGGCUUCUGCUUCUCCACGAAAAAGGAAAUUAAUUUGCAUAACAGAAGUUUUUACGGAAACUACCACCACAUUUAUAGAAACAGAAUCACAUGGUGAACAUACAUCAAGAUUCAAAAAUGAAGGUGUUGGGUUUGGAGGGGUUCCCACGGCUCUACUGGUGCUUGCGCUCCUGUUCUUCGCUGCUGCAGCUGGUCUCGCCAUUUGCUACGUCAAAAGGUAUGUAAAGGCCUUCCCUUUUACAAACAAAAAUCAGCAGAAGGAAAUGAUUGAAACCAAAGUAGUAAAGGAGGAGAAGACAGAUAAUAGCAACCCCAAUGAAGAAUUAAAUAAAACUGAUAAAAAGCCAGAAGAGCCCAAGAGUCCUCCCAAAACUACAGUGCGAUGCCUGGAAGCUGAAGUUUAGAGGAAAAAAUAAAUGAGAGAACACACCUGAGGCUGAUUUCUCUCCUGAUACAUAUCCUGGCCCCAAAUGGGGAAACUAAGGGAGCCAAAGAACCAAACAAGAAAAUCCAACCUUGCUUCCUUCCUGAAACUGAUUCAGGGGCACCUUUGGACUAUGCAGGUAACCACAACAAAUUCCCUUCUUACUGCAGGCCUUGCUGGGUCCUAUCCUUCUGCCUCCAAAGCUUCCCACAGCUUUUCUAGCCUCGUUAUGUCCUAAUAAUAUCCCAGCGGGAAAAAGGAGCUUUUCAAAGCACACGGAUCUAAAACAGCUAACCAGGGCACAUUUGAAAAGAGGCCUCUGGGCUGGCUGAGAAUAGGCAAGUUGAGAGCCAAGAAGCCACCGAAACCUAGGCUUUCUCUAUUGACUCCAGAGCCCAGAUCCCUUCUUCAGCUCUGAAAAGGAAACAUUUACACCACCUGGCAUGUUCUUCUGAACCAGGCAAAGGCAAAAGAAGGAAGGAAAACUUUAGCAACUUGAGGCCAUAGACAUUCCCGUGACUUGAGACCUGAUCUCUGUAAAACCAAAACAAAGAAAAAGAAUGAAGUUGAGGAAAUGACAGCAUACUGUCAGCAGGGACUGUGUCUACAGACAGGGUCAAAGUAUUCAUCUCUGAACAAUUGCAGUUGGAAUCACUCUUUAGAAAUACACACACUUUCUUUUCUCUCUCUUCUGCUGCUCCUGUUCUCUCUCUCUAUCUCUCAUAUAUAUAUGAAACCAAAAAUAUUUGUUACAAAUUUCUAUUUUUAUCUGAGUUAAUUAUCACUGAGGUAAAGUACUGUGCUGAAAAGCAAUGAAAUUUAACAAACAUUUGCUGAAUACCUACUAUAUAUCAGGCACUGUACAAGGUAUUACCCUCUGUAACUGAAUAUAGUUCAUCAAAAGAUUGCAUAUAGUACAAUGUUGUCUGAAGCUGAUUGUUUUGUUUUGAUAUCCUUAGCUUAUCCACUUUUAAAACUACUUUUUUCUGAGACUAAUUAACUAAUUUUCUCUAGUAUGGAAACUAUUAUAAUGUUAAUUUAUUAUUAACAUAGCUAAAAAGUACAUUAUUAGCUUUAUACACCAAUGCACAUUUUUAAUGUCAUUAACAAAUGUAUCGCUAGCUCUCUUUUUUCCAGCAAGAAGAACCUAAGAGGUGCAGAAAUAUUUGUAAAGAUUUGUGCCAAAAAUAAAAGCACUUAGAAAACUUC